CCGAGAGCAUACGAGAGGGGCGCGCCGGCUGGGAGCGCCUUCCUCCGCUCGCAUUACGACGCCGUUCCGCGUAUAACUGGGCGCUCGUUUCUUCGUGCGGAGCAACUUCGUGGCGAGCUUGUGAAAGAAGGACACAGUUUCCUUGGGGCGUCUACGAUUGUUUCGCCCGUUGAUCGAAAGGCGCUGGAGAAAGGUGUACGGACGCCAACUGCGGCAACAAACCAUGUCGGCGCGCCCGCCGACCCGGGUGAUCGAGGGCAUGCUCUGGAGCCACUAUUUCCCCGAGCAGUGCGUCCGCUCGGCGCUCGCCUACCAGCCGCUGCCAGACGACGUGUUCAUCGUCAGCUACCCCAAGUGCGGAACCACCUGGCUGCAGUACCUCGUCUACAACAUAUACAGCGGCGCUGUUCCUCCCCGGAACCGCGAGCAGUUCUGGGACAACACGCCCUUCCUGGAGAUGCGCGGUGCAGAGCGAUCCGUCCUGAGGAGCAAGCCGGGCGCCAUCAAGACGCACUUGCCGUUCGACAGGCAGCCGUACUCGCCGCAGGCCAAGUACCUGUACAUCACGCGCAACCCGUUCGACUGCUGCGUCUCCUACUACUACCACACCAAGCACCUGCCGGGGUACUGCUUCGAACAGGGCACCUUCGACGAGUUCUUCGAGCUGUUCAUCACGGGCGACGUCGAGUUCGGCGACUACUUCGACCACCUGCUGUCGUGGUACGCCCACCGUUCGGAUCCCAACGUCCUUUUCCUGACCUACGAGGAACUCAAGAAGGACACCGCGGCCGCCGUGGUCAAGAUCGCCGGCUUCCUGGGCGACGAGUACGCCGCCAGGUUGCGCGAGGAACCGGCGCUAGUCGAGCGCAUCCUCGAGGCCGCGGCGCUGGGCAACAUGAAGAAAAUCUUCAACUCGUGCGAUUUUGCCGUCAGAGACGAGCACAAAGCGGCAAGCGUCAAGUCCCAAGACUCCCAAGUGGCACCGAACGGCCCGAGCGUGGAAGAGCUGGUCCGCAGGCCGAUGACCGGCGAGUUUGUCCGCAAGGGCUCCGUGGGCGACUGGAAGGGACACUUCUCCCCGGUGCAGGUGCAGCGCCUGCUGGAGCGCAUCAGAAUCAAGACUGCCGGAAGUGACGUCAUGGACUUGUGGAAGGACAUCGAUAUUCCCCGAUGACGUAUAACAGCUCUCGCAGGCGCAAUAAACAUCGUAUUCCUUUCA